CUUUGUGGCUGUGGUAACUAGUAAUAACCCCUGAGGGCGGGAACAGUGCUAUGCAAGGAGGAAGUUCAAACUCUCCGCUGGAGUUUCUGAAAGCGGCAUGUUGACGCAUGAAACAUGUUCCUCUCUGCAUAAAAAGGCACAUCGCCUCUGGAAAUUCGGCAUUCAUAACACACUUUUAGAGAAGCUUUUGUCCAGUAGUUAAGUUAUUUCCGUUUGGAUCUCAUUGCAUUUACCUGACAACAUGUCAGAAGUCUUCAUUAUAGAUAUAAUUCACUGUCGGUGUCCGCAGCACAGCUCGUGCGUGGAGAGGCAAAUAAAAAGCGUCACAGGUAGGAGCGAUGUCGGCUUUCAAAUCUAUCUACUAUUUCAACCACACGGUCAACGUUGUAAUGCAAACGGCGAGAACACGGUGUCUUUGCUGGAAACGUUUUCCAGUCAGAAGACAAACGUCCACGUAUUGGACUACACCACUGUUACGGAGUCUUGGUACCGUUUCAAACUAGCCGUGGACCAACUAGACUUGCGAACGGUUCGGGUCUUCACCUCAAAAAACAGGAGGCAGAUGUUUGAAGCAUACCAUGAGCAACUUUUCACGGAGGUGUACACGUUUGAGUACGUCACAUCCAAUGAUCUCCCGUGCCCUGGUCACAUGCAAUGCGACUCACCUUUCGCUCCACCUGUCAGUGAGGUCAGAGAGGAGGUCAGAAGCUUUCUGCAGCAGUUACACGCUAAAGGAGACAUCACUAUACUGAGGUCCACUUUAAUUUCAGGUAGGUGUGUGUAAUACACUAUCAAUUACUGUAGUGUAAUAUUAGGCUGAACUAUCAUUCAGCAACCAGUGAACAGUCCAUCCAUCUCUCUCUCUGUAGACUGUUUCUCCCAUGGGUUCACCACGCGUACAGGAGGUAUUUCCUCCAUCUCCACCCUCUCCUCUCUCAACCUGUUCAGUAGCUCCAGACGCAGAGACUCCAGGACCCUCGUAGCCGAGAACAUCCGCCGACUAGCCCAAAAGGCUGGGUUCUACCCCCGACUACUGCACCUGGUCAAGGUACGACAGUACAGCAAAUAACAUUAUUGUAGACUCCCUGAAUGUAAGUGUAGCACGGCCUCUGCCAAGAGGUCAACCAGAAGAAGACUAGCAACAGAGGUUGAAUUAUAUAGUGACUUUUAGAAACGGACACGCUCUCAGUAUAGUGAUGUAGGUCUUUAGAUGUUGUACACAUUAAAUUGUGUCAUUCCGAACUGUAUCCGCAACGUUAUAAUCCAUUUUGGUCGAGUUUCCCCCACACAGUUGUGCAGGCCGAGCGUGUCCCUAUAGUACACGAACACAGCCCACGCAGCACUGCUGGUAGGUAGAAGAAACGUCUCGAGUUGCACAAAAGGGAAUAUAACAUUGCGGAUAAAGUUCGAAAUGACACAUUGUCAUGUGUACAACAUCUAAAGACCUACAUCACUGUACUGAGAGCGUGUCCGUUUCUAAAAGGACGUAUUUGCGUGUUUUUGUAGCUUUUAUUAAUAUAUUUUGCGUGCCCUGAUACUACACAACAAGCAAUGAGGAAGUGAAUCGCAGCUUAUGAUCAAAGAGCCACAGUAGCCUACUUAACCACUAUUAAAACUAACUUAAAGCGGGUGCAGCCUCAUUGUUCACAGUAAACACGCACCGGAAGUUGCAUAGAAUUUUCACAACGUUCAAGUUUGCACUCAGCAGACCUGAAAUUUGCUGACGUGAGGAAUUUUUUUUAGAGGGAACAUUGGUCUGGACCCUUCUAUAACAAGCCAUUUACAUCAAAAAUAGAGAUUUACUUCAGACAUAGGAAAAAGUACCAAUGUAACAGAACAAAUGGCAUUUUAAACUAAUAGGAGAAUGGUUCAAUUAUAAUUAAUUAGAGACCCCCCAAAGUUUGACUUUGUUGCAUUUAGGGGCACUCAUGUCUCAUUCAGGGGGUCUGAGACCCCCCUGGGCCCCCCGUAUUUCGCACUCUGACUGGCCACGCCUCUUAACCUUGUUCCUCUCUAGGUUUUUUCCUAGGUUCCUGCCUUUUUAGGGAGUGUUUCCUAGCCACUGUGCUUCUGCUUCUGCAAAGCUUGCUCUUUGGGGUUUUAGGCUGGGUAUCUGUAAAACACUGUGACAACUGCUGAUGUAAAAAGGGCUUUAUAAAAUACAUUUGAUUGAUUGAGGUCUAGACCGUUAUGGCACAGGGAGGUAGUGCACUUGUUCUGUACAGCGUAUAACACUCACUCCAGUAGGUUGUAGAAAACAUCACUGACAUCAUUGAGUGGUUAAUGCUGAUUAGCUGUUCCUGCCAGGUGAACCACGGCAGUGACGUAUGGGUGAUGGGAAAGGAGGAGGAGCCACAGGACUAUGAUGGUAUCGUAACCAAUCAGAGAGGUGUUGUCAUAGCUGCUCCAGGAGCUGACUGCAUGCCCCUCCUCUUCACUGACCCCGUGACCAGGGUCAUCGGAGUAGCUCACGCUGGUGAGACACACACACUUUAGGUACAAGACAGUAUUCAUAUUCUGCAGAAAGAUGUCUUCUGGUGCAUCAUUAUAAAGUGUUCCUUUGUGUUUCCCUCUCUCAGGAUGGAAAGGAACCCUGAUGGGUGUUGCCAUGGCUACAGUCAACGCCAUGGUGAUGGGGUUCGGCAGCAGGGCAUGUGAUGUCACCGUGGUGAUCGGGCCGUCGGUGGGGGCCUGUUGCUUUACACUGGAGAGAGAGCAGGCUGCAGAGUUCUACUCUAUACACCCUGACUGUGUUCCUGACAUGGCCGAGACCAGGCCUCACGUCAACAUACGACUAGCCACCAGGUUAGUUUGGCCAACUAUGCAACAUAUAGACAAAUAGCGCGUUCAAGCGGAUCCCUUUUCUCAAGCCGUUGAACAUCGUUGGUCACUGCCUUUCAAAGUGUUGCAUUAUGGGGAUAAAAAUUGUCCGACUUGCGCCUAUAUGUCAACUGCAUGAACUUUACAAAAAUCAUGUGACCAAGUUUCUGCAGUUCCUCUUCACCAACUUCAUCCUGCAGCCAUCGCCUGCAUUGUGGGAGGCUCUAUUGUCAACCAAUCAUUCGUUUUUUUUGUUUGACCCACGCGAACGUGUCAAAAGACAUGACUGAAACAGGAACUAUCUUUUCCGCGAUUUGUGUAUACAGUGGAUAUAUAUACAAAUGAAUGUGAUAUUUGAGUCUCUCUCUCGCUAAUUGAUUGUACAAUGUACACAUACAGUGCAUUCGGAAAGUAUUCAGACCCAUUUACUUUUUCCGCAUUUUGUUACGUUACAGCCUUAUUCUAAAAUGGAUGAAAUAUAUUUUUUCUCAUCAAUCUACACACAAUACCUCAUAAUGACAAAGCGAAAACUGGUUUUUAUAAAUCUUUGCAAAUGUAUAAAUGUUUUAAAACAUAUACCUUAUUUACAUAAGUAUUCAGACCCUUUGCUAUGAGACUCGAAAUUUAGCUCAGGUGCAUCCUGUUUCCAUUGAUCAUCCUUGUGAUGUAUCUACAACUUGAUUGGAGUCCACCUGUGGUAUAUUCAAUUGAUUGAACUUGAUUUGGAAAGGCACACACCUGUCCACAGUUGAAAGUGCAUGUCAGAGCAAAAACCAAGCCAUGAGAACACAGUGGCCUCCAUCAUUCUUAAAUGGAAGAAGUUUGGAACCACCAAGACUCUUCUUAGAGCUGGCCACCCGGCCAAACUGAGCAAUUGGUGGAGAAGGGCCUUGGUCAGAGAGGUGACCAAGAACCCAAUGGUCACUCUGACAGAGCUCCAGUUCCUCUGUGGAUAUGGGAGAACCUUCCAGAAGGACAACCAUCUCUGCAGUACUCCACUAAUCAGGCCUUUAUGGUAGAGUGGCCAGACGGAAGCCACUCCUCAAUAAAAUGCACAUGACAGGCCCGCUUGGAGUUUGCCAAAAGGCACCUAAAGGACUCUCAGACCAUGAGAAACAAGAUUCUCUGGUCUGAUGAAACCAAGAUUGAACUCUUUAGCCUGAAUGCCAAGCGUCACGUCUGGAGGAAACCUGGCACCAUCCCUACGGUGAAGCAUGGUGGUUGCAGCAUUAUGCUGUGGGGAUGUUUUUCAGCGUCAGGGACUGGGAAACUAGUCAGGAUCGAGAGAAGGAUGAACGGAGCAAAGUACAGAGAUCCUUGAUGAAAGGACCUCAGACUGGGGCGAAGGUUCACCUUCCAACAGGACAACAACCCUAAGGACACAGCCAAGACAACGCAGGAGUGGCUUCGGGACAAGUCUCUGAAUGUCCUUGAGUGGCCAAGUCAGAGCCCAGACUUGAACCCUAGCGAACAUCUCUGGAGAGACCUGAAAAUAGCUGUGCAGCGAUGCUCCCCAUCCAACCUAACAGAGUUUGAGAGGAUCUGCAGAGAAGAAUGGGAGAAACUCCCCAAAUACAGGUGUGCCAAGCUUGUAGCGUCCUACCCAAGAAGACUCAAAGGUGCUUCAACAAAGUACUGAGUAAAGGGUCUGAAUACUUAUGUAAAUGUGAUAUUUCCGUUUAUCUUUUUAUAAAUUUGAAAAAAAUUCUAAAACCCUUUUUUUGCUUUGUCAUUAUGGGAUAUUGUGUGUAGAUUGAAGAGGGGGGGGGAAACAAUUUAAUCCAUUUUAGAAUAAGGCUGUAACGUAACAAAAUGUGGAAAAAGUCAAGGGGUCUGAAUACUUUCCAAAUACACUGUAUAUUAUUUCAGUUUGUGAGUGUGUGAUAUGGGGGUUGGAGACAUAGAAAGAAAACCUUUUAUAAACAAUGGCAACACUGCCAUGUUGCUCUGAGCCUUGCUGUUGGAAAACCACAUGAAUAUCCGACUUUCGGCUGUAGGAGUUGCACCUCACCCGACAGUCAGUUGCUUGAGCCUUACCACUCAGGCGCGCCCAAUGACUUUAUGGUCUUUCUCUGACGUACUGUCAUUAAAUCACUGACAUAAUAAAUAAAUAAAAAGCAUUGACUCCCAGUUGAAAUAACACCACAGGGUCAAUAAUGAGGUCAAACUAUGAUGGGGUUUUUAUGAUGGGUGCUGCUAGACUGGAGAGUCACCUGAUUGAUUUCCUAUGGGCUGUUACUGGGUUACCGCGCCCCCCCCCCCCCCCCCCCCACCCCACCCCACCCCACCCCCAGCCACUCAUCUGAUUGCAAACACAAAAGUCAUGCCCUGGGAGUGAUGUCUUUGAUUGGAUACUGGUUGUAUGGGGUGAUACUGUUGAAAUGAUCAUUAGUCCCAUCAGGUCAAUGGAUUACCAAUCUAACCAGCAGAAUGAUGGAGUCAAACUAAAGCGGCAGUAUUUCUUCUGAACACAUAGUUCACCCAGGGGCAUGCUGACCAUGGAAUACAAUCUACAUUGUUUAGAUCAGGGUCUCCUCUCCUCCCAUGUUUUUAAACCUUCACGUUCUCCAUUCCAGAAUACUUCUCCAGAGGGGUGGGGUCCUGCCUGAGCGUAUCCAUGAUGACACAGUGACUGACAGGCCGAGUGUGACCCUGUGCACCUCCUGUCACCCUGAGGCCUUCUUCUCCCACGUCAGGGACGGGCUUGACUUCGGAACACAGAUGGGCUUC